AUGAAGAGGUCCCUUCCUUUCCGGGGUUGGGUCGGAGCGGCGAGCCUGUUCCUGUGUUUGACCCAGACCGUCCUGACCGUGGUCCUCCCCAACUCCACUCAGCUGGAGUCCAUCCUGGACAAGUACAGGGACAGGGAUGAGGACUGGUGGAGGGCCAGGGCGAGGGGGAGGAGGGCCAUCAGCGAGGGGGACAUGCACCUCAUCCUGGACUUGCACAACAAGCUCCGGGGUCAGGUCCACCCUCCUGCCUCCAACAUGGAGUACAUGGUAUGGGAUUACGAGCUAGAGAGGAGCGCGGAGCACUGGGCACAUACCUGCCGAUGGGAACAUGGACCGAGCCACAUGUUGACACAAAUAGGCCAAAACCUUGGAGCGCACUGGGGCAGGGACCGCCCCCCUACCUACCAUGUCCAGGCCUGGUAUGAUGAGGUGAGGUACUACAGCUAUCCCUACUCUCAGGAGUGCAACCCACACUGCCCGUUCAGAUGUUCAGGACCUGUUUGUACUCACUACACUCAGUUGGUGUGGGCGACUAGCAAUCGUAUUGGCUGUGCCAUCAACGUGUGUUACAACAUGAACGUGUGGGGGAUGAUCUGGACUAAAGCUGUCUACCUGGUCUGCAACUACUCUCCACCGGGCAACUGGUGGGGUCAUGCUCCAUACAAAUAUGGAUCUCCCUGUUCUGCCUGUCCAGCUAGCUAUGCUGGAGGCUGCAGGGACAAUCUCUGCUACAAAGACGGCGGCGUUGACAGGCGUCCAGCUCCUGAGAUAGAGGAGACCAACUAUAUUGAACCGGAACCGGAACCAGGGAGGGACAGGGAGCCCCAACCCAGGGCCCAGACACCAAACCCUUCGCCCAAUGACAACCUAGAGAGGAACCAGGUCGUCAGCACGGAGCAGAUGUGUCAACAUGUCGACUGUGAGACCAAGCUGAGAGAUCAGUGCAAGGGGACGACCUGUAACAGAUAUGAGUGUCCGCCAGGCUGCCUGGACAGUCCUGGCAAAGUGGUUGGGUCUGGAUAUUAUGACAUGCAAUCCAGCGUGUGUGGAGCUGGAUUACACUCUGGUGUUAUUGACAAUGAUGGAGGAUGGCUGGAUGUGACCAGACUGGGUAGAAAGCAACAAUUCACCAAGUCAUACAAGAAUGGUAUUCAAUCAAUUGGGAAAAAUAGAAGCGCAAAUUCCUUCAAAAUUGAUACGGUGCCUGUCAAGGCACUAUCAUGCGACACCACUGUUGCACUUUUCUGCCCUUUCAAGAAACCUGUACGACACUGUCCAAGGUUGUAUUGUCCCAGGAACUGUCUACGUGACAGUCGGGCCCGAGUCAUUGGGACAACAUACUACUCAGAUAAAUCCAGUAUCUGCAGAGCAGCAGUUCAUGCUGGAGUGAUCCAGAAUGAGUCAGGAGGGUACCUCGAUGUGAUGCCUGUGGAUAAAAGGAAGCAGUACAGUGGCAGCUACCAGAAUGGCAUCACCUCAGAGAGCCUACUGAACCCGACAGGUGGGAAAGCCUUCAGAGUGUUCGCAGUCAUCUGAAAAACCAUUCUCAAAGGACGGAGCACCAUCCAAAACAGCCACCUCACAUCCA